GCGACCUCACCACGGUCAAGUUCGUUUUUCCUUAUUUCUCUAAAAAUAUUAUUUGUAGAGAGGAGUUAGGAAAAUAGCCAAAAUUGUAGAUAUUUUAGUUAAAUUAGAGGAAGAAAAAAUUAAAUUUUUCUCGUAAGAAGGUGGACUUUCAAUCCACCUGAAGAGGACAUUGUACUGUGUGUUCAGUUCUAAAAGGAUAACGAGUGUUGGUUUAUCUUUCGUUAUUUGUUUUAAACAAAUAUUUUACGCGAGUGGAAUAUCACGUUUUGUGUGGAUAAUUGUUUUGUUAAAUAUAAAGAUACAACUCAGCAGACGAAGGAUACAUCGUACCCGAUCGCCUGACAGAAAAAAGGAUAUUAUUAACACAAGAGUAGUGGUGCAACUUGAAUAAUACAAGAGUUUGAAGUGCUUAGAAAAAUUAAACAAGUGCUCGACGGGUGUCGUUUUGCUACGAUCAGCCGAAUAAUAUUGACUACCAUUAACACAUUAUUUUGGAUUCGAAACCGUUUUUCGUGUGAUUUUAUCCGAGAGGAAAAAUUAAACUAUUGAAACAGUUUUUACUUAGAUAACCAUCAAAACAUCACCUUCAUCACAAUUCUAACACAAAAUCAACAAAAAUGUUGUCGUUAAAAUCAUCAACGUAUAUUUUUCUAAUAUGUGCAUUGAUUGCCACACAACCAGUUCCAACAUGGAGUGCCCGAAGAUCCAGGAUAGAUACUCCAUCAGCUUCAAUUCGAAAUUCAGCUGCCGAAGCACCGGUCAAUGAUAAUGUAGCAACAGCAUCCGAUCAUGAUCCUCAGGUUACCGCGGCACAUGUCGAAGCUCCGGCAGCUUCUAGUGCGGAAACCAAUUUUGAAUUGCCUGCGGCUAGUGCAGCUGGUAGUAGUGAACAUGCCGCCCCCAGUGCUAAUAAGGAAGGUGCAGUAGAUACAGGAAGUGCUCAGGUUUAUGAGGAAUGCGAUCCAGAUAUGAUUGGUUUCGAAAUUAUUACGGGAUACGUAUUCUCAGCACCCGGUAAACUAUUAGAUUCACUGCCAGGAACCCUGAUGUUGACCGACUGUUUGGAGGCAUGCCAACAUAAUGAUUCGUGCAGCGCUGUUAAUUACGAGACCGGACUUUGUGUUCUUUUCUCAUCAAAUGCCGAUAAACUACCAGGUGCCCUUACAAAAUCACAAUUCCCAGUCUUUACAAUUUAUGCCCAGAAGUCAUGUUUGGCAAUUAGGCCAUGCGCUCGAGCAUGGUGUUUCGAUCGUGUGCAAGGCUACAAAUUAAAUGGCCUAAUCAAGCGUACGGCAACGGUUUCAUCACGUCGCGAUUGCCUGGAAUUAUGCUUGGGAGAAACUGAAUUCACAUGCCGAUCGGCAAACUUCUACCGUGCCACGGGUGCAUGCGAAUUGUCUGAAAUGGACCGUAUUACAUUGGCCGGAUCGAGUGCAUUCCAGCUUAAUGAUGGCGUUGAUUAUUUGGAAAACAACUGUGCCGAAGAGCCAAAUAAACUCUGUGAAUUUAAACGUUUGUCCGGACGUAUUCUGAAGACUGUCGAUAGCGUUUAUCAAGAUGUGGCCAGUAUUGAUGAAUGUCGGGAUUUGUGCUUGAACUCGCCAUACAGAUGCCACUCAUACGAUUACGGUGACACCGGAGAUAUGGUAUGCCGUCUCAGCCAUCACAGCCGUGCAACUCUAGCUGAUAUUCAAGAUCCCUACCUAGACGUACCAGAGGCUGCCACUUAUGAACUUUCAUCAUGCUACAAUGUAUCCAUUGAAUGCCGUGCCGGAGACAUGGUUGCACGUAUCCGUACCUCAAAACUCUUCGACGGAAAAGUAUACGCUAAAGGAUCACCAAAAUCAUGCUCAGUUGAUGUUAAGAACUCACUUGACUUUGAAUUGCGUAUGGGAUACCAAGACUUGGAAUGCAACGUGCGUCAAUCAGGAUCUGGACGUUACAUGAACGAUGUAGUCAUUCAGCAUCACGACACUAUUGUCACAUCCUCUGAUUUAGGCUUGGCUGUUACUUGUCAAUACGACUUGACCAAUAAGACUGUAUCCAAUGAAGUUGAUUUGGGAGUAACUGGUGAUAUUGAACCUGCAUUAUCCGAGGAAGUUAUUGUUGAUUCUCCCAACGUAAUCAUGAAGAUCACAUCACGCGAUGGUAAUGACAUUAUGCGCUCGGCUGAAGUUGGUGAUCCCUUGGCACUUAAAUUCGAAAUUUUGGAUGAACAAAGUCCCUAUGAAAUCUUCGUGCGUGAAUUGGUUGCCAUGGAUGGUAGCGAUAAUGCUGAAAUCACUCUUAUUGACUCCGACGGUUGCCCAACUGACCACUUCAUCAUGGGACCCAUUUACAAGAGCACAUCCACCGGCAAAAUACUUUUAUCUCAUUUUGAUGCCUUCAAAUUCCCAUCGUCGGAAGUAGUACAAUUCCGUGCUCUAGUCACUCCAUGUAUGCCAACAUGUGAACCAGUUCAGUGCGAUCAGGAAGAUAUCAGUGGUGAAUUGAAAUCACUCAUCUCGUUCGGUAGAAGGAAACGUUCCGUUAACGCUACAGAAUCGCAUAGAUCGCGCCGGGAAACCACCAGUAAACCAAGCCACGAAGACAUGCUUUUGGUGCAAUCAAUUCAAAUUACCGACAAAUUUGGUUUCGAGAAGCAACAAAUGGAUAAGGCCGGCAACAUCAACAGCAGCGAGACAGUAUUCAUGUCAAGUGAUGCCCAAGGAUUCUGUAUUAAUGCUAUCGGCCUGAUUGUUGCUGGCACUGUCUUCUUAUUAGCACAAUUAGCCGUUAUUGCAAUCUGGACAUACUUGCAUCAACGCCGUAGGAAACAACGUGCCUUCGCCGGUAGUGAAGCUAACUCCUCUUUUGCCCCAUCGUCCGUCCCAACACCCACACUUACAGGAAGCCGAGCUGAUUCGUUAUGUAAAUUGUACGACACAGGUUUUCCAGGCGGACGAAAUGGACGGCAAUUCUAGGUUUCUCAAGUCUUUAGAUCAUGUGGAAAAUUAUAUCUUUUUGUAAUGGUUCUAACUAACUAUAACUGACUAAAUUCACAAGUGAUUUUCCAAGCAAUAGGAUUUGUUUUUUGAUAGAACGUAUCUGAUUGGAAAUGUUAGAUUAGAUACGUGAGAUAAUAUGCUUUCUCCAUGCGUCUCCUUUUUUGAUAUGCCCGUUUUGGUCGUUCCAGACAAUUGGAGCGAUGAAAACGUUUAGGUAGUUCGUAUUUAAGCCAAGCUGUCGUGAAUGAAGGACAAAAAUUUCAUUUUUGACAGCCACACAAGCAUUUAUUAGACAUACGAUUUAGAACGAUUAAAUAUAAUUGAGACUUUAUUUAUUUGUCUGGGAACAUUGGAAUGAAUAUUUGAUCAAAACUAAGCUAAAUCAUAGAUUUCUGAAAACAUAAAAAACAAUCUUAAAUCAAUAGGAAAAUCCCAGUUACUAUCUAAUUACUCAUUUUAAGGUGCCGCGAAACAUCUAGCAAUAAUAGUUUAACAACUGAACCAUAACCAUAUUUUUAGCACUUAGAAUUCAGUUUGGUACUUGUACACUCAACACUAUUUCUUCUGAAAUAAUUAAACAGAAAGUUUAGAUUUAAAUUCAUCAGUGUCACAAAAUAUUUAGCAUUUCUUUUGAAACUAAGCAUUUUAAAUAAAAUGAAGGACAAUAUCCAUUUGAAUAGAAAUCAUCAUAACUUCCCCUGCUAUUUUUUCUAGGCGCGAAUGCUACGCGAUUCCCAGGCCUCAUAGAGCAAUUAUCAUAUUUUGCAUUUAUUUAACACAAUAAUAUUUAAUUUAUUUAAUUUUCUUGAAAAUGAAAGUCGUAUUUCAUCAUAUUCAAGAUCGGGAAAAAGGACGACUGACAUAAUAUUUAAAAAAAUCUUUAAACGAAAAAACCAACUUGCACAAAUUAUUAUAUUUUAAAUUAUUGCAAUGUAUACCCUCCUUUACCCCCCCCCCUCCCCCAUGUUCACGUAAAAACUAUAUUAGAAAAAAAUAAGACUUGAAAUUUUUAAGUGUGAGUGACUAAGUAAGUGAGAAAGUGAUAAGUUAUAGAGCAAUAAAUAAAAAUAAGAAAGCAUAAGAAAAACAAAUGUCAUAAAAUAUUUCAUAAAUAUUAAGUUAUAAUAAUAAAUUAUAAUGAGAGUUACAAUUAAACGUGCGAGUGUGUGAAGCGAGUAAGGUAUGCAUGAAAUUACUUCCCAUCCCUUCCUUAUUCCCAACUACGAUCCCUCUCCAGAAAAACGAACAAAGCUACAAACUACAUAUGUGCCUUUAAUAAUUUCGAUUUUUGUUUUAAAUAUUCAGCAUCGUCUUUACUUUGUACACUAUCAAAUCUACAAAGUAAAAUCGAUCUAAAUCCCAACAUAAAACGAUUUUAUAUUUAUUUCCCACAUCCACAUCAAACCCUGACUAAAGAAAAUUAAUUUUAUGGCAUUUAAAACAAAAAUAAACACAAAUAAAAGAUCAUUUGUCCCUUUUCCUGAGAUUGAUGGCCUCCAGCUAUAGCAAAAUAUAGAUGGCGACAUGAUAAGAAAAACUAUUCAUUCUAAAUAUCUUCAUUGACAUAAAAAAUUAUGUAUCUAAAAACAACGCGUAACUAUUUCAUUUCAACAUUAUAUAAUGCAAUACAUCAACUUUUAUAUGUAAUGAUAAUUAUUUUAGCCUUUAACAUGACGCAUUCAAAGAGAAAGUCGAAUAAAUUUCAAGAAAAGAUUAAAUAAUUAAUUUAAGAUAAAUUUUUGAAGAAUAUUUGAUGAAAACAAAACAUGAAGGAGACGACUUGAAAACGAUUUUUUUACAACUUCAAACAUCAUAUUAUGUUGAAAUUGUAAGAGAGAAGCUAAGUCUACUUUUAGAUAACAUUUUGGUAAUGACAAUUCAUUGAAUGAAUCUUCAAAAAGAAAGAUAAUUAGGACGACGACGAGGAGAAUACAAUAUAAACGAACACACAUACAUAUGACCUAUGUUAUAUAUGGCAAGUCUUUUUUCUUAAAUUUUUGUAAUAAAAUGCGAGAAAAAUAUAUAAUUUAAUGAAAAAUAAUUGUCAGAGUUUUAUUUUAAUUUUA